UUUAUUCUCACCUAAAAAAGAGAUAAACAAAUAAAAAUAUUAAAAAGAUAAUAAAAUGUAUGACAGAGUAAAUGUACAUUGUUGUUGCAGCUGAUUAAAAUGAAAGUGUCUCGAGUAACCGCUCAGCGAAUUCUUUCUCUUGUACUAAUUUUACUGGCAAUAUCACUAACAUCCACUGCUCUAUUAACAAAUUAUUGGCAUGAGGAAGUCUCAAAAUCCAAGAAAGUCUUAUUUCAUAGAGGAUUAUGGGUAGAAUGUCAUGUUUAUUUGCACAAUAGUUCGCAACAAAAUUUGAAAAAUAAAUCAAUCUAUGAUACUUCACCAAAGUCAUUAACAUUUGACAAAACUCAAGUUUUACUGAAAAGAAUUUGCCAAAAAAUUGAAAUUUUGCCGAGAAAUGUAGUGAUUGUUCGAGGUUUGCUUGCAGUCUGUAUUUUUGUUCUAUCCUUUGGAGUUCUGGCACCUUUAAUUUUAAGUCCAUUUAAAAGAAGACUGAACAUGAACAUUACCUCUGCAACGUCGUUCGUAGCAAUUAUUCUGAAAGUUGGAGCAUUAGCACUUUAUUAUGAUGAUAAUCCCGUGCAUGCAGAUUUAAACUUUCAUUACACUUUGGGAUAUUCAUAUAUGCUUGCGUGGUUGAGCUUUUCGCUUAUAAUUUUUGCAACAACACUUUCUAUUUUAUCACGCAAAGAAGAAGGCCAUAUUCAAAUUCAAUUCUCGAAAUGCGAAACACUUUCAUGCAGUUCAUUAAGACUUAACGAAUGCGACCAAGUGAUUUCAAUGCGGACACUAUAGCUUGUAGCAAAUAUUUUUCACCUUAAAGCCAUUAAAUUAUAAAUAAUUAAAUUAUAAAAUUUAUCAAUUAAAAAUUUUUUUCUUCAAAGAUUUUUAUAUAUACUAACGAUGGUUGUUGAAAAAAUAGCUUUUUUUUUUUAAUUUAAUGACUUCUUAAUUUUGUCUCAAUAAUUUAAUGAGCUAGUAGAUAUUUUUCAGCUAAACAAUG